GGGAGAGUGACUAAACUGUCGGAAAAAGCAAAAGGGGAAGUCUGCAAAUAAAGGGAGAGGAGGAGAAAUGCUAGAAACCACAUGUGGCUGUUAGGAGCCAUAAUUCAGCUAUGGAGCAAUGCAAAAUAGCUGCCCUGAAACGCUCAUUUGAAGUAGAGGAUGUGGACUCCACCUCACACUCCUCCUUGCCUCACACACGCAGGACACCGUCCAACUCUCAGCGUUCUGCUAUUUCCCCAACAAGUGGUCGAUAUUAUGAGUUGGGCUCCAAUGGCACCAAGCCCCCUGACACUUCUAGGCCCAAAGCGAGGACCCCAGAACCACACAGGACAGAGCUGGGCUUUGACGUCUCAUCUAACAACAACGGCAAAGCCAUUGAUGGCUCUCCCAGUCCUGGCACAUCUCGGUUUAGUCUGAAGAGGCCAGAUGUUUUGGGCUACAGCAAGACUCCUGAGAUGCAGAAGCACUCUGUCACCUUUAGCAAGACACUGGAGACCAUUGCUCCUAUCAUACGUGCAGCAUCUACCAUUGCUCCACAUGCCAGUGCUAAACUCCCAGAGACCACUUUCAGGAGGAGUGAGCCACCAACCCCUGGGGAAGGAUUGGCGAGAAAGCCUGAAAUCAGUGUCACCAAAGCAACAGACAUCAGAGGUCAUGAUAGUCAUCAUCAUUCACCAGUUACGGCAAGGUGUCCAUCACCUAAUCGUGCCGGCCGGAAAUCCCCUGGUGCUGAUGGACAUAGGCCAGAGGUCAUCACAAGUUUGUACGGCAGUAUGGCAGAUGCAGGCAAGACUCCUGUGGCGCGGGGUGAGAAGAGCAGCACAGAGUUUGGCUAUGUGGGUAUCGAUGCUAUUCUGGAACAAAUGAGAAGGAAAGCCAUGAAACAAGGCUUUGAGUUUAACAUCAUGGUUGUAGGUCAGAGUGGUCUGGGUAAAUCCACGCUGAUGAACACACUUUUUAAAUCUAAAGUGAGCCGCAGAUCUGUGAUGACCACAGAGGAAGAGCGAAUGGCCAAGACCAUUGAGAUCAAGACCAUUAGCCAUGACAUCGAAGAAAAAGGAGUGAGAAUGAAGCUGACCGUCAUCGACACACCAGGCUUUGGUGACCAGAUAAACAAUGACAACUGCUGGCAGCCCAUCAUGAAGUUCAUUAAUGCACAGUAUGAACAGUAUUUACAGGAAGAGAUCAACAUCAACAGAAAGAAGAGUAUUCCAGACUCACGAGUCCACUGUUGCAUAUACUUCAUUCCUCCCACCGGACACUGUUUGCGGCCAAUUGACAUUGAGUUUAUGAGGCACCUGAGUAAAGUAGUGAACAUUGUCCCUGUUAUUGCUAAGGCAGACACACUUACCCUGGAGGAGAGAGACUUCUUCAAACAGAAGAUAAAAGAGGACUUGCGAACCAAUGAAAUCGAGGUCUACCCUCAAAAGGAGUUUGAUGAAGAUGCAGAGGAUAGAAUGAUUAAUGAAAAGAUCAGGGUGAUCGAUCAACCUAUCACAGCAAGAUCCUCCAAGUUAGCAAUGACCUUCAUCAACAUUACCGACAUGUUCAGCAUCUCCAGCUGCAUUUUCCGCAGCUCUCAGACCAAGUUGACUCCCAGGCCCGCAGCCUGCUCGGGGGAAUCAGCUUGA